AUGGCCGACACGACCGUGGCCCAGUUCGUAGAGAUUACGGGAGCCUCUCCGGAGAUCGCUGCCCAGUACCUACAACUGGCAGACAGCAAUAUUGAGAGCGCCAUGCAGCUUUAUUUUGAGAAUGGAGGCAACCCUAUCCAACCUACUGCGGACUCAUCCGCUCCACAGUCAUCGACAAGGCCUGGACAGUCCACCGGUUACCAAGAUGAGGAUGGAGUGAUACACCUAGAUUCUGAGGAUGAGAACAAUGGAGGCGUUCCUGUGGGCCAAGAGGGAGCUGCCCAGGCGGCUGGUAACACCUUUGAUGCAGACCUGGAGAUGGCGAGAAGGCUACAGGAAGAGUUUUAUACUGGUGGUGAUCCGACAGAUAAUGUUCGGGCCCCAAUAGAGAGGAGGACAGAGACACUCGUAGGACCAGGUCUUGAUAAUGGAUUCCAGCCAGAUAUAAUGGAGCAUCUACAUUCAAGAGCGGCUCGUAGAGCAGGUCGACCCGGAAUCUUUAACCAAAGAGAUGUUGAUCGCUCCAUCUGGACCGAAGGUGCGGAUGCGUCAAGCUCAGACGUCCUUGCACGCGCAACCGGAGGCGCUUCUGAGGCGUCAUCCAAGGCCAACAUGCUUGCUGAGAUGUACCGACCUCCUUUCGAACUUAUGUCCCGCCUACCCUGGGACCUUGCACGGGACGAAGGUCGGGAAAAGAUGAAGUGGCUGCUGGUCAAUAUUCAAGACUCGUCCAUUUUUGACUGCCAACUAUUAAAUCGAGAUCUAUGGAAGAACGAUGGCGUCAAGGAGACAAUAAGAGCGCACUUCUUGUUUAUGCAAUAUUCCAAAGAUGACCCGCGCGGCGCCCAGUAUAUCCAGUACUAUUUCCCCGGCCACGACGUAGCCGACAACUACCCGCACAUUGCCAUCGUCGACCCACGGACCGGCGAGCAAGUGAAGACUUGGAGCGGCCCGCCCGUAGUCAAAGCUCCUGACUUUUUGAUGCAGCUACACGAGUUCCUCGAUAGAUACAGUCUCGACCAUAACGUCCGCAACCCAGUCGCAAAACGGAAGCCAGAAGUCACUCCUCAGUCAAAGAUAGAUACGAUGACUGAGGAAGAAAUGCUAGACAUGGCAUUGAAGAACAGUCUUGUGGGCCCGGAACCAACUAAAGCAGAAGACCCAGACGAUCUGACUCGGAGUAUUGGAGAUAUCAAGGGCAAAGGCAAGGCUACUGAUACUGGCGAAAAGGGUGAUGCGGACAUGUCUAAUGGACCGGAAGAUGAGGAGCCGUCAUUCUCAGAUUCACCAUUUUUCAAGAUACCCUCUGACAAGCCACAUACUGAACCAGCUGCAGAUCCAGCAACCACCACUAGAAUCCAGUUCCGCCACUCGUCGGGUCGUGUAAUUCGACGGUUUGCGCUCUCGGACCCCGUCCAGCGGCUCUAUGAAUGGCUCAAGGCGUCGCCUUUAGAAGACAAGCAUGGCGUGGAGUUUGAGCUUGUAUCCAUGGGCCAGAAUUUAAUAUCCUUACUCGACAAGACCAUCGAAGAGGCUGGUCUUAAAAAUGGAACAGUCAUGGUUGGCUUCAUCGAAGACUAG